CACAAGAAAUUUUCUUCAGAAUUUGCCAACGUUAUACCAAUGUGUAGAUAGAACCGCUUAUUUUUGUGAAACUAACGGGAAAAUAGAAAAAUUAUUAAAUAAAACUUAUAUAAGGGAUAGUGUUAAAUGUAAUUGCAUAGAUUUCUUGCAGCCGAAAUAUAUAAAAGAAGUGAAAAAGUGCCAGAUAUGACUGUGGCCGAGGGGAUGGCGUCAACGUCCGCGGCAGCAAAUGUUGCAACGAGACCGCGUUGUUUUUUCGAUAUUUCGAUUGGUGGCUUGAAUGUUGGACGUAUAGUCUUUGAAUUAUUUAAAGAUGUUGCACCGAAAACAGUGGAAAAUUUUCGUGCACUUUGUACCGGUGAGAAAGGUAUCGGUUUGGUUACAGGCAAAUCGUUGCAUUAUAAAAAUGUAAUAUUCCACCGCGUUGUCAAGGAUUUCAUGAUACAAGCUGGUGAUUUUUCGGCUGGUAACGGCACCGGUGGUGAGUCGAUCUAUGGUGGCACUUUCGAAGAUGAAAGCUUUGAUUUCAAACACGAUCGCCCUUUUCUGCUCUCAAUGGCGAAUCGUGGCAAAAAUACCAACGGAUCGCAGUUCUUCAUUACUACACAACCCGCGCCUCACUUGGACAACGUCCACGUGGUAUUCGGUCAAGUAAUAUCGGGACAAGAUUUAGUACGCCAGUUGGAGGAAUUGCCAGUCGAUAAAAAUUCGCGUCCGUUGCAGGAUGUUACCAUAUCAAAUUGUGGUGAACUCGUACGUCAGGUCAAAGUUAAAAAAGACAAGAAGAAAAAGAAGCAUUCAGCAAGUUCGGCUGAAGAAGACUCAGAAGCCGCAUCAGACACUGAGAAGCGCACCAAACGCAAGGAGAAAAAGAAGAAAAAAGAUCGAAAGCGUGAAAAAUCAUAUGAACGAUCUGAUAGUGAGCAGAGCCAAGAAGAUGAGGGUGGAAAUGAUGAAGCUGACGAGGGUGAAUUACAUCCCCUUGUGACUGUUACAAAGAUAGACCCUAACGAAAUACCGGAGGUCUCUAAUAAAUUUUUACUUCGCGGUGAUCGUUUGGAACGCUCACAAGAACGUGAUCAAAAACGCGAAUCGCGCAACGAACGAUCCAGUGAGAGUCGACCGGCAUUUGGUUGGUCCAAAAAACGUGUACCGGUCUCACGUAGCGGACGCAUUAUUAAAGGACGUGGAGUUUUCCGUUUUCGUACACCGUCCCGUAGUCGUUCUCGUAGCAACACACCACCACAUUGGAAACGUGCGCAGAAUCGCACGAUCAAACUGUCUGAUUUGGAACGUCUGGAAGAAGAGAAGAAAUUGCGAGAUGAGGAGAUUAAAAGACGUGAGAUCGAGCGCAAAAAGCGUCACGAAGAGAUGAGGAGAGAUCCGAAGAAGUCUUUCUUCGAGUUGUCGCAUGCCAGCUCUUAUGGUGGUCGUUACAGCGAAUCGCCCGACCGCAAGAAUCGUGGUAAAGACAAUUUGAACAAUGUACGAAAGGACAGAACAGACGAACGACGCACGGAGAAAGAUAAACCACGUGAAAGAGAAAGGGAAAAGGAGAAUGACAAAGAAAAAGAUAAGUUGAAGGAACGACGCACGGAGAAUAAUUCCGACCUAAAGUCUUUGCCGAAACGUAAGAAAUCUAUGGACAUGAAUGCACUGGACUAUGAACAUCAACCGGAAAGUGAAAAUGAAGAAGGCUCGGCAGAGAAAGAAACCCCAAAGACACAAGAACCACACAAAAAAAUUGAAGUCAAUUCAACAGAUAAAGAUCGGCACAAGGAAAGAGAUACUGAUAAUGACAGGAAUCGCGCUAAGGAAAGGGAAAGGGGUAGAGAGAAAGUACAAGAAAAUGACAAAGAUCGUAAGAGAGAAAGGAAAGACAGCGUAAUUAAAAAAGAUGAAUCUAAAGAAGCAAAAUCUAACAAUGAGAAAGAGCAUAAAGAAAAAGCUAAAAAUGAUGAAAAAGAGAAAGUAAAAGACAAAGAUCGUGAUGUCGAGAAAGAAAAAGAUAACUCUCGUCGCAAUCGAAACCGAUCCAAAAGCGGAUCGCGAUCAAAGCAACGUUCUCGUUCACGCUCGCAUCCGUCACGUUCACGUUCUCGCUCAUUUCGACGUCGUUCUCCCAUAAGAGAUCGCCGUGACAGAUUUCCUAAUCGCAGAGGUGGUUUUCGUUCGCCGCCCCGGCGUGAUUUCCGCGGAAGGCGUGGCGGCAAUCCAUUCAUGGAUCGUCGUCGUCGCUCGGUCGAACGUUAUCGCAAUCGCUUGCCACUCUCACCGAUACGUACUCGCCGGCCAACACCACCACGCGAACGACGUUCUCGUGAUCGUUCUAUAUCACGAAGUCGUUCGCCACAUUCGCGAUCUCGUUCACCACGUCGCGAUCGCGAUCGCAUACGUAAACGUUCGGUUGAUUCACGAGGUCGCAGCCGUGAUAAUCGCACCCGUUCGAAGUCACGAGAAGCACGUGUCAAUUCAAAGUCCAAAGAUCAGGUUGUUGGUUCACGUAAUCCGAAAUCGCGUUCACCACACCGUCAAACGCGCAACAAACGUUCGGGAACUCGUUCCCCAAGACGUUCCAAAUCGGCAGAUUAUCCACGUAAAUCGAAUGAUCGACGUUCCGACACAAAACAAGAAAGCAACGCGGAGGCGAAUGUUAAUUUUGGUGAUGAGAGUGCUGAUAAAAUGCGCGAAAAGAUGUUGAAACGUGCUGAGGCUGCGCAAAUGCUUAAAGAUCACAUGCGUAAAGAGAUUGCGAGGGAGGAGGAGAAACGUGCUGAAAAACAACGAUUGGAUGAUUUGGAGAAAGAGAAAACCGCACGAGAACUCGAAGAAUUGGAGCGUCUCAAACAAGAGACACUGCAAAAGUUGGAAGAACAUGAAAAUCUCAAAAAGUUAACAGUUAUAGCCGCUGUAGCGGAGGCCAUCUGCUCGAAGGAACGCGGUUCGAAGGAUGAAAAAUCCAAGGAGAAGAAGAAGAAGCGCAAGAAGUCGAAGAAACACUCACGCACUUCGGGCACUGACUCAAAUUGAGAAUUAUUAGUUCAAUAAUCCGAAAUACGUAUAAUCAAAGGAGAUUUACUCAAAUAAUUGAAAAUAUUUUAAUUCUGAAAUAUGGAAUGCACCUUUGUAUAUGGAGUUCUCAUUACAUAUAUAAUAUAUUUAUGCAUAAAUAUAUUCUAGUUGGAAAGAAAUUGUACACGACACAGUACGUGUAGAUCGCCAUUCGAAAGCACAUACAAACAUACAUACAUACAAGGCAUGAAAUAAUGUAAAUUAAAAUUAAUUCUUACUUUCGUUUUUGAAUGUUUAUGAUAAAUGAAAAUUAAAUAAAAAAAAUCUGAAAAAUAA